UUCAGGCAUAGUACUUGUCAGUACAUUUCUGAUUUUGUGAAUUAGCUGGUGAACAGUUAAUUGGACACAGAGUACUCAUUUCAGAGAGGAGCUAUCAGAAGAAACCCCUGAUUAUCUUGGUUCUGAUAAAUUGAAAUUCAAGAAUAGACAUUACAUGAAAAAUUUAAUUGCCUCACUCUUCAUACUUGUCCGCCCCCCCCCCGCCGUGUUUAAUAGGCAUGUUAAUAUGGUCAGUGCCUUUUGCUUUUAUGAACAUUUCUAUGGACUUAACUGACAAGAUUAUCACCUCCCCUUCGUAUAGUUGUGUUGCGAGAAACAUUUUAAUCUUUACUUUUACUUCACGUAUUGACACAUAAUGAAGAGAGCACGAUAUUCAUUAAAUGCCAAACCUGCAUGUAUCCGUAAUUUUUAAAACCCACUGAGGGUUUUCUCUGAACAUCCGCCCCCCGCCCUCAAAUUAAGGACAAGUUCCUGGUCUCUACAUUUCCUUUUCUUGGGAUAGAUGGAGGUAAGUACCUAUUGUUCACGCUUUUCUUUUCCUUUUUUUUUUUUUUUUAAUUUCUGGGAAAGAACUAUUCUUGUCGUCAUUGAUGGCUGACGCGACAACCCAAGCAAUGCUUUUUUAAAUUCAAAAGCCCUUUUAGCUCCCAGACAUAAAAGUACUCCAGCUGCAGCGUCGCCCCAUCCCCCCGUCUCGGGAUUCAAGGGCUUUUCCCUCUUGACUCCCACCGAGAGGGAACGGGGUUGAGACUGUGGUCCGCACCACUUGGCGCCCCUCACCCGUCACUAGGUCACUAGUUUCUACCUGGUCUCUUUCCCAGUCCGGUCGUCCUGCCUGACAAGCCAGUGCCAUCAGAGUCCGUGACUUCAUUUGAAGAAAGGAGGGCUUCAUAUAAUUCAAUUCAAAUAUCCUCUUUGGAGAACUGCUGUUGUUGCGCAAGGGUGGAGGGAGGAACCAAAAAAAAAAAAAGAAAAAGAAAAAAAAAAAAACUUUCAGUGCAGUCAGAUCCAGUAAGGAACAGACAGUCGGUAUUUAGGUGUUGAGGGAAAGCUAAGAGAAUGAAGGCUCUAAAUCCCCUGUGGAAGCAUGAUAUGGCGAAGCAGAGCUGGUGCUGAAUUGUUCUCUCUGAUGGCUCUAUGGGAGUGGAUAGCACUGAGUCUUCAUUGCUGGGUUUUAGCGGUUGCUGCUGUUUCGGAUCAGCAUGCCACAAGCCCCUUCGACUGGCUCCUCUCUGAUAAGGGACCCUUCCAUCGCUCACAGGAAUAUACAGAUUUUGUGGACAGAAGCCGGCAGGGAUUUAGCACAAGAUACAAGAUAUACAGGGAGUUUGGCCGCUGGAAAGUAAAUAACCUUGCAGUUGAGAGAAGAAAUUUCCUUGGCUCUCCUCUGCCUCUUGCCCCUGAAUUCUUCCGCAACAUAAGACUUUUGGGACGUCGACCCACACUUCAGCAAAUCACAGAAAACCUUAUCAAGAAAUAUGGGACACAUUUCUUGCUAUCUGCUACUCUGGGAGGAGAGGAGUCACUCACAAUUUUUGUGGACAAGCGGAAGUUGAGCAAACGAGCUGAAGGAAGUGAUUCCAGCACCAAUAGCUCUUCGGUCACUCUGGAGACGCUACAUCAGCUAGCCGCUUCUUAUUUCAUUGACAGGGACAGCACUCUUCGGAGACUUCACCACAUUCAAAUUGCAUCCACUGCCAUAAAGGUAACAGAAACACGGACUGGUCCUCUUGGCUGCAGUAACUAUGACAACCUAGAUUCUGUCAGUUCUGUUCUGGUUCAGAGCCCUGAGAAUAAGAUUCAGUUGCAAGGGCUUCAAGUACUUCUCCCAGACUAUCUUCAGGAACGUUUUGUACAAGCAGCUUUGAGCUACAUUGCUUGCAAUUCAGAGGGAGAGUUUAUCUGCAAGGAAAAUGACUGCUGGUGUCACUGUGGUCCCAAAUUUCCAGAAUGCAACUGCCCCUCCAUGGACAUUCAAGCCAUGGAAGAGAAUCUUCUUCGAAUAACUGAAACCUGGAAAGCUUACAACGGUGACUUUGAGGAAUCAGAUGAAUUCAAGUUAUUUAUGAAAAGGCUACCUAUGAAUUAUUUCCUCAACACAUCUACUAUAAUGCAUUUGUGGACAAUGGAUUCUAAUUUUCAGCGCCGUUAUGAACAACUGGAGAACAGCAUGAAACAACUUUUCCUAAAGGCACAGAAAAUUGUACACAAGCUUUUUAGCCUUAGCAAGAGGUGUCAUAAACAACCCCUCAUCAGCCUGCCAAGACAAAGAACCUCAACUUACUGGCUUACUCGCAUCCAGUCUUUUCUCUACUGCAAUGAGAACGGCCUCCUAGGCAGCUUUUCAGAAGAGACGCACUCGUGCACGUGUCCGAACGACCAGGUGGUCUGCACCGCGUUCCUGCCCUGCACAGUGGGAGAUGCCUCCGCUUGCCUGACAUGCGCACCAGACAACCGCACCCGCUGCGGCACCUGCAACACCGGCUACAUGCUCAGCCAGGGGCUCUGCAAGCCUGAAGUCGCCGAGUCUACAGAUCACUAUAUUGGCUUUGAAACUGACCUGCAAGAUCUCGAGAUGAAAUAUCUGCUGCAGAAAACGGACAGACGAAUAGAAGUCCAUGCCAUUUUUAUCAGCAAUGACAUGCGCCUCAAUAGCUGGUUUGAUCCCUCCUGGCGUAAGCGGAUGCUCCUCACCUUGAAGAGUAAUAAGUACAAGUCAAGUCUGGUCCAUAUGAUUUUGGGUCUCUCUUUACAGAUUUGUUUAACUAAAAACAGCACCUUGGAGCCAGUGUUGGCUGUUUACAUCAAUCCCUUCGGAGGCAGCCACUCUGAGAGCUGGUUUAUGCCUGUGAAUGAAAACAGCUUUCCAGACUGGGAGCAGACUAAGUUGGACCUCCCCCUGCAGUGUUAUAACUGGACAUUAACUCUGGGGAACAAAUGGAAGACAUUUUUUGAGACAGUACACAUCUACCUGAGGAGUCGCAUCAAGUCCAAUGGCCCCAAUGGCAAUGAGAGCAUUUACUACGAACCUCUGGAGUUUAUUGACCCUUCCCGGAACCUGGGCUAUAUGAAAAUCAAUAACAUUCAAGUGUUUGGCUACAGCAUGCACUUUGACCCUGAAGCAAUUCGGGACCUGAUUUUGCAGCUGGACUACCCCUAUACUCAGGGAUCCCAGGACUCAGCACUUUUGCAACUACUAGAGAUCAGAGACCGUGUAAAUAAACUCUCCCCACCUGGUCAGCGUCGUCUAGAUCUUUUCUCUUGCUUGCUUCGUCAUAGACUCAAGCUGUCUACUAGUGAGGUGGUGAGGAUCCAAUCUGCUCUGCAGGCGUUUAAUGCCAAAUUGCCAAACACAAUGGAUUAUGACACGACCAAAUUAUGUAGUUAACCAUAAAUGUCAAGCACAACCCAAAAUCUUGAAGG